UAUUGGAGAUCACAGCAGGAGACGAGCCAGCAUAGAAACCUUGAAAUCUCUCUUCCAGCAGUGUUGUUCUGGCUGCUUGCAAAGCGGACUUAUACAUAUCAGGGUAAAUUUGCAUCUUCACUUUGACAGUAUCAAAAGGCUGACCUGCUAACACACAGGCACAUCCACCAAGGCCUCCUGACACAAUAUCUCCUAUGCCACUCAUUGUCUUUCUUAGUAGCACUGCAAGGGCGAAUGCACACACUGACUAGUUUGCAAUCUGCAGUACAAUAAACAAAAGGUAUUUGAGUGGGUGGGUAAAAAUCUGAGAUGAAAAACGAGCAUUCUUUUCUGACCAUCCAUACCCACUCCAUUGGUUACAUGUAGAGAUCUACCUAAAAGAGACCAUUAAUUUGUGUGGGUCCUUUCAUCAUGGGAGAAGUAGUCAAGAAUCAGGCUGGGGGAGUUGCUGAGACCUCCAUGAAUUGGGAUGAAGUGGAGUGGAGCAAGUUCAGUCCACAGGAAGCUCACAAAAUGCGACACCGAAUGAUUGAAGAGAAACAUCGUGGACACGAUCUCAUGCAUGCCGAGAUGAUACUUAUCUUGUUUGGCUCCAUCUUCCUCGCACAGAUUUUACUGUUCUUAUGGAGGCAGAAACACUUCAAGUCGUAUCAACUGGUGACUCUGCUGGGUCUGUGGCUGAUUCCACUCGGUGUAUGCAUCAAGAUGUGGUUCAUUAGGAUGACUAUAGUUUGGAUUAUUUUCUCCCUCAUCACGUCAUUCGUUGUGUACAGGGCGACGAGGAGGAGGAUCAGUGUGAGCACCCCCAGGCUAGUGUACCGCUGGUUCCUACUUAUCUAUCAAGGCACCUAUACUCUCGGCAUUGUAGGCUACUUGAUUCUUCUUCUCAUCUUUACUGGCCUCGGCUUGCUACUCCCCUUCAAGCCGGACACGGUGAUGGAGUUUGGUGUGACCAUGGUAUUCUAUGGGGUGUACUAUGGUGUGCUCGGGAGGGACUGUGCCGAGCUGUGUGUUGACUUCAUGGCAGCUUCAAUGACCUACACUUCCUCUGGCAAGAGCCUGCCCAAGGUGGAGCUAACUAAAGACAUGUGUGCUGUGUGUGGUCAGAGGAUCAUUCUCCCCACAGAGGAGGAGGAGAGCCCUGCUGAGAGAACUUACAGACUCACAUGCGACCAUCUAUUUCAUGAGUUUUGUAUUCGAGGCUGGUGUAUUGUAGGAAAGAAACAGACGUGUCCAUACUGUCAAGAAAAGGUUGAUCUCAAGAGAAUGUUCAAGAAUCCAUGGGAGAAACCUCACGUUCUGUUUGGACAGCUUUUAGAUUUUAUUCGAUAUUUUGUUGUAUGGUUACCCAUCAUUUUAGUCACUGUACAAUUGAUUUACUUUGUAUUUCACUUAGAGUGAUAUGCUGUUAUAUUAUUACGUUUCAGUUCAGGUGCUAUACAUGUAUUCAUUAAUUACUAUCUUGAAAAUGAAAUAUGACGGGUAA